AUGAAUGCUGCCCUCGUUGACCAAACAUGCAAGCAAACACCAAACUUCGAUCUCUGCGAGACUCUUCUCCGAUCCGACCCUCGGAGUCUCAACGCCGAAGAUGCCAAAGGGCUAGCCUCCAUUAUGGUCGACAUAGUUCAGGCCAAGGCAACCAAAAGCAUGGACAAAAUCAACGGUCUGCUUAAGAGCCCCGGAGAAAACCAGGCCUUGUUCACCUCAUGCAUUGACAAUUACAACACUAUCAUAGAUGAUGAUAUUCCUCAAGCCUCCGAAGCUUUCAGUAAUGAUGAUAAUAUUACUGCAGAAGACCGGUUGAAGGACGUUACGUUUGAGGUUGACUUGUGUGACAAGCAAUUUUCAGGGCCCUCUAACCCUCUCAAAGAUGUCAAUAAAGAUGUUCAUGAUGCUGCAAGUAUAGCUGCAGCAAUUGCAGAUAAGUUGCCGUGA